CGGUCACGUGGUGUUAGCGCCGACGCUAGGGGGUGCGCGCACGGAAGGCGGGUGGGGGGUGUUUCCUGUUCCCGGCAUCCUUCGCGCGGGCAGUCUCUCUUCCUAUCCCCCGCCUCCUCCCCGCUCUGCCUGUAUAUCGGUAAGAUGGCGACAGUGAGUCUACGACAAGGAGACCUGGUGUGGGGGAAAUUGGGCCGGUAUCCUCCGUGGCCUGGAAAGAUUGUCAACCCACCUAAAGAUUUAAAGAAGCCACGUGGCAAAAAAUCCUUUUUUGUCAAGUUUUUUGGAACUGAAGAUCAUGCUUGGAUCAAGGUGGAGCAGCUAAAACCCUACAACGCCCACAAGGAGGAGAUGAUAAAAGCCAACAAGGGGAAACGCUUCCAGCAGGCUGUGGAUGCCGUGGAAGAGUUCCUGAAGAAGAAACUUGCCAGGGAACAGAACGCGGGUGAUGACAAAAACAAAGCUGGUGGCAAGAAAGUGGAAGGCAAAUCAAAGAAGGCUACUGGUGAAAAGAAAAGAAAGUCUGAGUCCACGUCCCUCAAGUCCCCCAAAAAGCCCAAGGACCAGAGCCCACGCAAAAGAGGAAGGCCGCCAAAGGACGAUAAGGACACCACGUCUCCCCAGCCGAGCUCCCUGAAGAAGCUUGCCAUGAAAACGGUGUCACGCUUCAGCUGGCCCCCACCCUCCAGCGAGCGCUCUCGGGACGAUCCUCACUUCUACCACUUCCUGCUCAGCCAGACCGAGAAGGAGGACUCUGCGGGUGACAAUUGGCUGCUUCACGGACACAGAACCCUUGGCACAGAGAUGGUGUUAAAAAAGCCCAGCGUCACAUACCAGGCAAUCAGCAAACGACUUAAAGUGUCAGAAGAGGACACCGGUUCAACGUCGAUCCAAGCAGCAGACAGCACAGCCAUUAAUGGCAGUAUCACACCCACAGAUAAAAAGAUCGGCUUUUUGGGCUUAGGGUUGAUGGGCAGUGGCAUAGUCUCCAACCUUCUGAAGAUGGGGCACACGGUGACAGUUUGGAAUAGGACUGCGGAGAAGGUAAUGACCCCGAAACAGUGUGACUUGUUCAUCCAAGAGGGGGCACAUUUAGGCAGAACUCCAGCAGAAGUAGUCUCUACUUGUGACAUUACGUUUGCAUGUGUGGCAGAUCCUAAAGCUGCAAAAGAUUUGGUGUUAGGACCCAGCGGGGUGCUGCAGGGCAUCCGUCCAGGAAAAUGUUACGUUGAUAUGUCCACUGUGGAUCCAGAAACAGUCAUUGAACUAGCCCAGGUUAUCGUGUCUCGAGGUGGUCGUUUCCUAGAGGCUCCAGUAUCCGGUAACCAGCAGCUAUCCAAUGAUGGGAUGUUGAUGAUCUUGGCAGCAGGCGAUCAAGGUGUAUAUGAAGACUGCAGCAGCUGCUUCCAGGCCAUGGGCAAAACCUCCUUCUUUCUUGGGGAAGUAGGUAAUGCAGCCAAAAUGAUGCUGAUCCUAAACAUGAUCCAGGGCAGCUUUAUGGCCACAAUAGCGGAAGGGAUGACAUUGGCUCAGGUGACCGGUCAAUCUCAACAGACUCUGCUGGACAUCCUGAAUCAGGGGCAGCUCGCCAAUAUUUUCGUGGACCAAAAGUGCCAAAAUAUCCUACAGGGGAAUUUCAAACCAGAUUUUUAUCUGAAAUACAUCCAGAAAGACCUGAGGCUAGCCAUCGCCCUGGGAGACUCUGUGAACCACCCAACUCCUAUGGCCGCUGCAGCCAAUGAGGUCUACAAACGAGCGAAAGCAUUGGACCAAUCUGACAACGACAUGUCCGCCGUGUACAGGGCCUACAUCCACUAGUCUCACCGUUUCAUUUAUUGAGGAUUUAAUUAUUAUUUCAAUACCUUGUUUUAACACACCAUCAGUCCAUUUCUGUCUCUGACUCCUUCCCCAGACAUUGUCCUUUGCUCUCUCUCCACCUUCCAACCACCGGCACCCCAGUCCUGUUCUUGUGAAUUGUCAACACGUCUGCUCCUUUCCAGGCUGCACUGCCAGAGGAGAGGCGGGCGCCGGAUCCUUUCCGACCUUGCACUAAAGGAGACAGUUAUAAGAGAGCUUUGGAUGCCGAUGUGUCCGUGACGAGGACCUUCUGUUGUGCAAAUUUCCCCUGUUGGCCUAAACCUCAGUUGCUUGCCAGCCUUGGCGUUCCUCCGCUUUACUGCUUAAGGACAUACGGACGUUGACUUGUAGACACCAGCAAGAAGGCGUGUCCUGCAGAUGACUACUUUCUCUGAAGAUUCUUUGUAGUUGUACAGUGCGCAAGAUUUUUUAUUUUCUAAUUAACUACCCUUUGCAUCUCCCUCCCCUCAAUCGCUAUAAGGGGUUUAAUGGUUGGGCCUUUUCUCUGGUCACCUGUCUUCACCUUUUAAAGCUUGAGUCAGCCAUUCCAUAACAGAUACAGGAUCAUUUGCUUGCACUAUGAAAUUUAGUGAAAUGCCAUUUGUUCAAACAAGUGUUCUACUUAAAUAACGCCCUGAGCUUACCUGUCAUGUGAUCAAUGCGAUUGGCUGUCACAGUGAUCACAUGAUCUGGAGCACAUCCUACUGGCUCCCAAGCCGUUGCCAUGUGAUUUAAAAGCCGUCGGACAGCGUUGUCCCACGAGUAUGCGAUUUGAGCGCGCUUACUGCACAAACCAAUGAUGGCUGUAUACAUAUAUCUGCAUCAUGGCAGAAAGUUUACCACCUUGUUUCGUCGUAUGUACAGCCAGCGCACUUCAUUUACACUGGCCGCUUAUAAAGUCACUUUUAGGAGCUUUUGGCCUUUUUUAAUUUUUUUUGCCAAAGCUCCUAAAUGCAACACCAUGUACACACAGGCUUUUAGCAGAGUUUAUGGGAGGUUAAAUCUCCCUUUCCUGAAUGCGCAAGAAUCGUGUUCAGGAGAGGAACGUUGUAGCCGAAGACCGCGAGCGCGGCAAACACUCAUGUAAACCGCAGGUAUCGGUUUACAUGCAUUUUUGCAGUGUUUAUCCAUGGCCGGCGUCCAGGGGAGGGUUAGUAGUGUACAUGAAGCCUUAAUGUAAUUGUAAUCAGACGAGUGAAAAUUGAGCAUGCAUGGUUCUAGAAGACCUCUGCUUUCCUUAAGAGCCCUUUCACAUUGCCAGCGACCGAAAAAAACAGAGAGGUGCUUUAUCUGCGUUUUUUGGGUGCCGAAUAAAGGGUUAAAAGCGCCGCUUCGUCGGCGCUGCCCAUUGAUUUCAAUGGGAUGGG